ACGUGAAGAGAUUCGCGGCGUGACCGAGCUGCCUGAUCUGGCUGUGUCCUAGUGGCAGCGGGCAGGGGGUGUGGGCAGUCACCGCGGCGACGGCGAAGGUGGUGGCCAGGCCGAGAGGCAGGAGGGGUAGAGCUAGCGGCUGCAGGAGCGCGGGGCAGGGUGUUGGCCUUCGGUGCAGGUACAAUGCAAGGUUUCCACACUUUCUGUGUUAUCCUGUUGGUGUUUGGGAGCUUCUCUGAAGCAAAGUUUGAUGAUUUUGAAGAUGAGGAAGACCUAGUAGAAUAUGAUGACAAUGACUUUGCCGAAUUUGAGGAUGUCAUGGAUGAUUCGGUUACUCAGUCUCCUCAACGGGUGAUAACCACUGAAGAUGAUGAGGAAGAGACUACUGUGGAGCUGGAAGGGCAGGAUGAAAACCAAGAGGAAGAUUUUGAAGAUGCCGACACCCCGGAGGGAGAUACCGAGAGUGAGCCGUAUGAUGAUGAAGAAUUUGAAGGUUAUGAAGAUAAACCAGACACUUCUUCUAGCAAAAGUAAAGACCCAAUAACCAUUGUUGAUGUCCCUGCACACCUCCAGAACAGCUGGGAGAGUUAUUAUCUUGAAAUUUUGAUGGUGACUGGUCUGCUCGCUUACAUCAUGAAUUACAUCAUUGGGAAGAACAAAAAUAGCCGCCUUGCCCAGGCCUGGUUCAACACUCAUAGAGAACUUUUGGAGAACAACUUCACUCUAGUUGGGGAUGAUGGGACGAACAAAGAAGCCACAAGCACAGGGAAACUGAACCAGGAGAAUGAGCACAUCUACAACCUGUGGUGCUCCGGCCGGGUGUGCUGUGAGGGGAUGCUGAUCCAGUUGAGGUUCCUGAAGAGACAAGAUCUACUGAAUGUCUUGGCCCGGAUGAUGAGGCCAGUUAGUGAUCAGGUGCAAAUAAAAGUGACCAUGAAUGAUGAAGACAUGGAUACCUAUGUGUUUGCUGUGGGCACACGGAAAGCUUUGGUGCGGCUGCAGAAGGAGAUGCAGGAUGUGAGUGAGUUUUGUAGUGAUAAACCGAAGUCGGGAGCAAAGUAUGGCUUGCCGGACUCCUUGGCCAUCCUGUCAGAGAUGGGAGAAGUCACAGAGGGAAUGAUGGAUGCAAAGAUGGUUCAUUUUCUUACACACUAUGCUGACAAGAUUGAAUCCGUUCAUUUUUCAGACCAGUUCUCUGGUCCAAAAAUUAUGCAAGAGGAAGGUCAGCCUUUAAAGCUGCCUGACACCAAGAGGACACUAUUGUUUACAUUUAACGUACCUGGCUCAGGUAACACUUAUCCAAAGGAUAUGGAGGCUUUGCUACCCCUGAUGAACAUGGUGAUCUACUCUAUUGAUAAAGCCAAAAAAUUCCGACUCAACAGAGAAGGCAAGCAAAAGGCAGAUAAGAACCGGGCUCGAGUGGAGGAGAACUUCCUGAAGCUGACGCACGUGCAGAGACAGGAAGCAGCACAAUCCCGGCGAGAGGAAAAGAAGAGAGCCGAGAAGGAGCGAAUCAUGAAUGAGGAAGAUCCGGAGAAACAGCGCCGGCUGGAGGAGGCUGCUUUGAGACGUGAGCAAAAGAAGUUGGAGAAGAAACAAAUGAAAAUGAAACAGAUCAAAGUGAAAGCCAUGUAAAAUCACCCGGAGAGCUGAGUCCUGGUGCCAUUUGUAAGCUCGGAAUUCAUCAGCAACAGACAAAAAUGACCCGUCCACGCCUCAUUUUGAAGUUCACACACUCCCAGCUACUGUGAAAGCUGUGUCUCGUCGUCUGUGGUGCGGUUGGUUUAGAACAUUGCAGAAGCUGUAGACAUGUUGGAAGGGCUCUGUUUCAGCAAUUUUCUUCCAGAAAAUCAAACUAUUUUGAUUAUUUCAUAAAAGGAGUGAUAUAUGAAAUCUUUAUAGUUUUAAAAUAUUUUUAAAUUAUAACAUGAAUCAUCAGUGCUUUUAGUGCUUUGAUGUUUGAAGAAAUAUCAUGAAUUUAUAGGUAGCUAAUUCAGUUGCUUUUUGUUUAAACCUGGCAGUUAUAAUGGCUAUGAAUGAAGUUUGACUCUUAAACCAAAAUUCUACAAAUAACUAUUGAAAUUGCACAAUAAACAUUGCUUGGUGUUUUCUUCUUUGUCUUAGCUUAAACUUAAGAAAUAAGAAAAAUUUAGAACACUAUACGUGGUAUUGAAAUUUCAGGGAUUCUGACCAUAAUGUAGUUCACUACAUUAUGUUUUGUCGGUGGGCGGUGCUAAUGCCAGUAUUACAGGAUAUCUGUAGGUUUGAGGGUACAGGCAGUACCGGGUUACAAAUGCGCUCCAUCCCAAGUGUGUAAGUCCAAUAUGUAGGUAAGUCAGAAUACAUGCAUACAGUUCUUACUUCAGUGCAGGAAAAGGCUUGAAGCCUCUUCAAUGGUUUAAAAGCUGCCUAUGCAGCAAGUGAAGGUGAUUUGAUAAAGGAUUUGAUGUGAGUGGAGGCUGGUUACAUCAUUUUAAAUAAUGUGAGCAAAUUUACCUUAAUUAAAGGGCAAGUGUGAGUUGUCCCUAGGCAGACAUUCAUAACCAAGGACUUAGUGUACUUAUGUAUACGUGGAAAAUACUAAGGAUAGCGAGUGCAGGAGCAAUUUCCCUCUACAUUCAAAUCAUGAGCUAAUGAUAGUGUGUAUGUUAUAUGGUUAUUGUAUGUUCCUUUUUCUUGAAUAACAUGCAUGGAAACUAAAUGCUUCACCUAGCUCACGUCGUGGUCUAUGGUCUCAAAUGUUCCCCUUGGUCACGGCAUCUAUUGUAUGUUCUUGGAGAAACGGAGUCUCUGAGUCAUGGCUAUACACCUUCGCUUCGCCCUCUGCUUUGAUUCUUCCACAGUCAGUGAAAAUGGCAUGAGUAUGCGCAAAUAUAGUUUUAAAACGUCACUUUCCUAAACUGGUGAGAGUUCUUUCUGCCUCUAGAGGAUGAAGCUCUGAGGGAGGUGCCCUUCUGUCUGCACAAGCAUCUAGCUUGUUCAGAUCUCUGCAUUUUAUAAACGCUUCCUGCUAAGAAAGCAUUUUUCAAAGGCACUGCUGUGCCAGUAGCUUUUGCUGUGUUUGGAAGAGGGCGGGUUGGGGGGAGCCAUGCUGUGUGUGCCGGUCUUUUCAAGGCAAUAACAAGAAGCUGCCGUGAGAACGGCGUGUGCGGCUGCCUUUGUAACUGCAUGGGAACUUUUCACGUGGAUGUUUCUCCAGAUUCAUGCAGAAAUGUAAAUGGAGAUGUGAAUGUACUAUUUUUUAACCAUUUAUGAAAUUAAGUUAUUAACAACAAACAUAACAAAAAUGAAUUACCUUAAUGCGACAUAUAAUCCUAGAAAUAGGCUUGUUUAUAAACCUUUAAAUACAUUAUAGAAAUCAAUGAUGAUAUGCAUAGCUAUCUUUUGAUUAAUAAAAGCUUUCUUAAAGUCCCAUACACUUGGACCAUGGCAGCUAAUUUUGUAAUUUAAGCAUUCGUAUGAACUACCUAUGGACGAAUAUUAAACUACUUGACAAGA